CUCUCAGCUGCUGUCACUCCCCUCCCUUCCUGUGGAUGGUGUAGCUCUCUCUCCCUCUCUCUCCCUCUCUCCCUCUCUCUCUCUCUCUCUCUCUCGCAGUCUGCUGGAGCUGCACACAAGGAUUAGAGGGUUGCUGUGUGAGUGUCUGCUCAAAGAGAAGAAGCCAGAAGACAGAAAGAAGAGAUAAAAUGUUCUACUAGAAGAGGAUACUACUGUGGAUAAGUGUUGUGAUAUUUGUGUUUUGCACAGCCUCUGCCUCUCGUCAAGCCCUGCUGAAGCCUUCACCUGGGGAAGAGGACAGAUAAGGGACUAUAUAUCCUGGAGCUUCCACUCGGGGAGCCAUGUGAGCCGCAACCCCCUCCACCUACUUCACACUAACACCCCACAGUCUGCACUCUGAGUCUGGGGAGCACCACCAAACAGGAUUUUUCACUCCACUCCUCUGCUCUCCUCCCUGGAACCUCUACUUUCAGGAGGGGACUCUCGGGGGCUCGGCGUACCCCGGCGGGAGACGCUCAUCUCGGGGCACUGGUCGGGCUGUGAGUGCCCCCUGGUCUGGAGGCCAGCCAGCAGCACUCCAGCACCAUGGAUUACCUGCUUGGGAUUGUAGUGCUGCUGUGCGGGGCGGUGCAGCCUGGACGAGGAGUUGAGCCCAAGCACAAUGUACCCAGGCUAAAGCUGUCAUACAAGGAGAUGUUAGACACCAGUAACCUCAUCACCUUCAAUGGUUUGGCCAACAGUUCGAGCUACGACGCUUUCCUAUUGGACGAGGAACGAGGAAGACUACUGGUCGGAGCCGAGGAUCACAUCUUCUCAUUUGACCUUGUCAAUAUUAACAGAGACCACAAAAUGAUUGCGUGGCCUGCCACCCCCUCUAAGAGGGACGAAUGCAAGUGGGCAGGGAAAGACCUGGGGAUGGACCAUGGAAUCAGACACACAUGGAGCGGAGACAAGGACAGACAGAAAGAGUGUUCUAACUUCAUCCGGGUUCUCCAGCCGUAUAACCAGACCCAUCUGUACAUCUGUGGCACAGGAGCCUUCCACCCCAUUUGUGCUUAUCUGGAAAUGGGCAAAAGGGCAGAGGACAACAUCUUUCGACUGGCCUCACAUUUCGAGAACGGCCGCGGGAAAAGCCCCUACGACCCCAAAAUGCUCUCGGCCUCGCUUCUGAUUGACGGAGAGCUGUACUCUGGCACAUCUGCUGAUUUCAUGGGAAGGGACUUUGCUAUUUUCCGUACGCUGGGAGAUCAUCAUCCAAUCAGAACUGAGCAGCAUGAUUCAAGAUGGCUGAAUGACCCCAGGUUCAUCGGCGUACACUUGAUCCCCGAGAGCGACAACCCUGAAGACGACAAGAUCUUCCUGUUCUUCAAAGAGAACGCCAUGGACGGAGAGCACACUGGGAAGGCUACCAUCGCCAGGAUAGGACAACUGUGUAAGAAUGACAUGGGAGGUCACAGGAGUCUGGUGAACAAAUGGACCACUUUCCUUAAAGCCCGACUAAUGUGUUCAGUCCCAGGGGUGAAUGGCAUCGAUACACACUUUGAUGAGCUGCAGGACGUGUUUCUGAUGAGCUCCAAGGACCCAAAGAAUCCAGUUAUCUACGCUGUAUUCACCACAUCCAGUAACAUAUUUAAAGGCUCAGCAGUCUGUAUGUACAACAUGGCAGACAUCAGGAGGGUUUUCCUGGGUCCCUACGCCCACAGAGAUGGACCCAACUACCAGUGGGUGCCCUUCCAAGGCAGGGUGCCCUAUCCUCGCCCUGGCACUUGCCCCAGCAAGACAUUUGGAGGUUUUGACUCUACCAAGGACCUUCCCGAUGACGUCAUCACCUUCGCCAGAGGUCACCCAGCCAUGUACAACCCGGUUCACCCGAUAGGUGGACGUCCUAUCAUGGUACGGACAGACGUGGACUACCAGUUCUCCCAGCUGGUGGUGGACAGAGUGGAGGCAGAGGACGGCCAGUAUGACGUCAUGUUCAUCGGCACAGAUGUGGGAACAGUGCUGAAGGUGGUCACGAUCCCCAGGGAGAGCUGGCAUGACCUAGAGGAGGUUGUGCUAGAGGAGAUGACUGUCUUUAGGGAGCCUACUCCCAUUACUGCUAUGGAGCUGUCCACCAAGCAGCAACAGCUGUACCUUGGCUCAGCCCUGGGUGUAUCACAGAUGUCUUUACACCGUUGCGAGGUGUAUGGGAAAGCUUGCGCUGAGUGCUGCCUGGCCAGAGACCCUUAUUGCGCCUGGGACGGUGCUGAGUGCUCCAGAUACUUUCCUACCGCCAAGAGGCGAACCAGAAGACAGGACAUCAGGAAUGGAGAUCCUCUGUCCCAGUGCUCUGAUCUUCAGCAUCACGAUGACGUGGAUGGAUUAGGAGGCAGUGUGGAGGACAGGAGUGUGUUUGGUGUGGAGAACAGCAGCAUGUUCCUGGAGUGCAGCCCCAAAUCUCAAAGAGCGCUCAUCUACUGGCAGCUGCAGAAGCCCAACGACGAUCGCAAGCAGGAGAUCAAGCUAGAUGACAGAGUGCUCCGUACAGACCAGGGUCUGCUGAUACGCAGCCUGGCUCAGCCUGACACUGGUAUCUACCACUGCCAGGCGGUCGAACACGGCUUCAUCCAGCCGCUGCUGCGCCUCAACCUGCAGGUCAUCCCCACCCAGAGACUGGGUGACAUCCUACCUGGACUCCCUGGUGCCGGAGGAAGCGUCGGUCACUCAGCCAAACACAGGGUGUGGUACCGAGACUUCCUCUCUCUCCUGGAUCACCCGGAGCUCAACAGCGUGGAGGAGUUCUGUGACAGAGUUUGGAAGAAAGAGCGCAAACAGAAGAGGGUGAAGACCCCCAACGGCAACAGUCAGGGCAAACCUGACGCCACCGGCAGUUCCAACCCGGUAAUACGGCCUAAAGCUUCGGCUCCUAAUGCUCAGAAGCAGCAAGCCAGCCCACCACAGAGCCGACCCUGGCUUCAGGCUGGAGAUCCAACAGCGGAGGAGCCGGCACAGAGCCAGAACACCCAGAAAGCUCAGUCAAAUCUGGGCAUACUGAGCAGCCAGGCACCUAAGAACAACCAGAAGACACAAAACGGCCAGAAGGGGCAGGGCGGUCUGGCCGGUUCUCAGGUUGCCGGUGGAUCUCGAGCGAGCAGCCAACACGCAAACAAGUGGAGACGGAUGCAGGAAAAUAAGAAGGGACGCAACAGGAGGACCCAUGAGCUGCAAAGACCCCCACGUAGCGUUUGAGGAAAAAAAUAAAGCACAGAGACGAACACAUUUUAACCAGAGCUACACACACACAAGCACAAACCCAUGCAUUCACAUUAAUACAAACACAUUCAUAGAUUGUGUGUCCAACGUAUGAUUCAGUGACCUCUUCAUAACAGCAGCCAGAACAUUAAAAAACACACUUUUUAGGUAGAAAUACAUGAAGUGCACACAACAAUAAAGCUCUCAUUCAAAGACACGAAUGCACAUAAACCUGUGAAGAUGAACAGAGGACUGAAAACUGGAAUGCAUACUGUAAAUGUGUGGCUGGUUGCCUUGGAUACUGCCUGGCAGACACUUCAACCUCCUGUACAUAAGCUACUAAAAUAAGACUGGUGUUUAGUGAGGUGUUUGUUGGUAAGCAAAUGGACUUAAAUGUGCUGAGAGGACAGUUGUGGAGACAUUCAUAGAUUUAUGGAAGCAGAGCUGCUGCCGUGUUUGAACCUGAGCAUGUGAACUGCGAAAUAGUGUACAUGGAAAUGGAUUUUUAAAAAAAGAACAAAACCGCUUAUUUUGAAGAACUUGCUCGAGGAGAAAAGGUAACAACGGCACCCUUAAAGGAGGACAGGGGGAAAUAAAGGGUGUGCACAGCUUGCACCAGUGGCUCUCAUGUUGUUUUCAAAAAACAACCAGAAGCAUUGUUACGUGGGGGGAAAAAAUGAAACUGCAAAGUCAUGCCUCUGUGCAGACAAAGUGCUUCUUCAUCGUCACCACCCUCUCCAACUGGGAAAGCAUUGUGCAUGUUGUUGUCAAUCAAUGUUUUAAUAAGCUAAUUAUUUUAUGGAAUUCUAGAGGCUUUUUUUUUUUUUUUUUUUUUUUUUUUUACACCCUACCUAAAAAAAAAUGUUACAUUUUUCUUUUAUAUUUACUUUUCCUUUCCAAACCAGUGCUUCUAUUUUGAAGGUGGGGGGAAGAGGAAAGAUUGCAGGCAACAUAGUCGUCUUCAUUGUGCAUAAACCCUUCUGCUCCCUGUGUAAGUUAUUAUGUUGUUGCUUUUUCUGGGAUUUCUAGAAUUCGGGCACGGAUCCCAGUUGUAGGCUAUGCUAAAAACCCAGUCUGAAAUAAGACUGCCAGUUGUUUUGUGUACAUAUAUACAACAAACUUAACUCUCUGUGUAUAUACAGUACAUAUACAGUACAAGAACACCACUUGAUUAUUAUUUAUUGCUCAUUGUUUUGUGAAAGGGUUGCAUUUAUUUUUGAUAUUAUGGUAUUUUUUGGCUCAUCAGUAUAUUGGAGAAACAACGGCAACAACAAUUAAGAACUUUGACGGACCAACUGGGCUGAAAUUGUGUCAAGGAUUCCUCUGUUUUGGGGAUGUGAGGGUUGAAUUAAAGGUUUUGUGUGUUCAAAUUUUUUUGGUAGAGAUCCCGCCGACGAUAAGCACAAUUUUGUCUCUUUUGCCUUUCAGAUCAUUUCAUUAUGUCUUCCCUUCUCCCCAAAUCCAUCCAACAUGUCUUUAUUUCCAUCAAGUAGCUGUUAUAUGUAAGAUAAUUCCCCAAAACUGAAAAACAUUAGCUGUGAAUCUCUGUAAGAAAUAGUGGAGAAAAAUGUUAAAUCUAGUCUGAGGAGAAGACACGUUAUACUGCAUGUGAAUGCUACCUACAGUAAGUGCAUCUUUUUUAAUCGUCUUUUUACGUGUUUUGUGUGAGAGGUGAAAAAUUCCCUUAAAGCAAGGUGUGAAUUACUUUUGUCCUUUUGCCAAAACGGUGAUAUUAACAACUCGUGAUAUUCUGGCCAAAGCUGUUCGAGAUCCGAGCUCCUUAAUCUUCAACAACGGUACCUCCUGUCUCCCCCCCGAAUACACAACAAGAGUAAAUGUGUCGAUGCAAUAAAUUAGAGCAGAUAGUGUUCAACACUCAAACGUUUGUCUCUCCCUCAGAGUUAGAAAUGUGAGAGAACUGCUGUAACACGGUUCUUUCUGGCAUGCAUUCAGUUGUCUAAAUAAACAUCUCCGUUACAAAAAAAA